ACAAACCCCCUCGCUGCGCAGCCCAACCCCCGUCACUAAUCCCGUUCCCACAAACCCCCGUCCCCUCGCUGCGCCAACCCAACCACUCCGCGACUCCGCCCCAACGAGGCCGAGAAGCUUCCGGGAGCUAGGGUUUCCCGGACCGAUGGCCGUCGCCGACGCGGCGCUGCCCUCGCCGCCGCCGCCGCCGCCGGCGCGGAUCGCCGUCGUGGUGCUGGCGCUCGUGCACUUCGCCCUCGCCCCGAUGCUGGCGCUCGGGCGCGUGCUCCGCGUCGCGGCGGGGGCCCUCCCCUACCUGGGCUGGGCCGUCGUGUGGAUUCUCUCCGCGGCCUCGGCUGCGAAGGUCGUGGUGCGCCGCGCCUGGGGCGAGGGCUCCGCCUCCUUCCUGUUCCUCCAGACGCUCACGUACGGAGGUUUCACGGUCUUGGCCUGCGGCUUCCUUGUCUUGCUCGCGCUUGGCGUCCUGCUGCUGUGCGGCCUGUGCGUGGGCUACGUCAUUUCAGCUGUACGUGGAUCCCGUCAUGAAUUCAAAGAGCGCGCCUUGGGAGCAAUCAAGCCGGACUCAGCUGCAGACUCGUUUAGUCUACCCCGCACUGCGGUGCUUGGACUCAUGGCAGAUGUUCCUUUCAUCCUGCUAGUUAUCGCUGGUCUUCUGUUAGCAGCGAUGUCGCAUAUGGAGGGAUCGGUAUCUCAGGGAGAAAUGGUUGGAUUUGUAAUCGUGGAUGUGGGGAUAUUUGCUAUGCACGCGAUAUCUUGCUCUGUUAUCAUUCCAGCUCUAGCACUUAGUGCCUGGAGGGAGGACCAGGCGGACAGGAAAGCACCAUCGCAGUUUUGUUGAGGCGAAGCUAAGAAGAGAUGGUGUCCGGAGAAUUUUGCAAGGAGCUACAGUACCCGUUCUGCUGAUGGUUGCGAGUGAUCCCAACAGAUGCAAGUUUUCAGAGGAAAAAGAAAAGUUUCUGCAGACUUCUUCGUACGGUUGUACUAUUAGUAGACCGUACUCGUCAUUAGCCAUGAAAACUUUUGUAGACUUGCUUUUUUCUGCUAUUACUAGAUCCUAAUCGUCAAUAGCCAUGAAGUUUGUUGGCUCAUUAUGGGUCCGGUCACGAUAUUCGAUACUCCGCGUUACUCGCUUACAAGUUUACACUAGAGCAUUGGUGUAUAUGAUGGUAGAAUUCGUCCAUGCUAUCUUUGUAAUGCUACCCUGUUGGAAGAAAAUUCUUCAAUGAGACAUUAAUCCGGUGAUGAA